UGCCCCUCCCCCUUCCCGGAGCCCCCCGAGGGGCCGGAGCUCCUGGUCGCGCCGGAUCUUCACGGUGACCUUCCCCUGGGGUCUGCCAAAAUGUCUGAAAGAUCAGAUCUCCUUCACUUCAAGUUUGAAAAUUAUGGAGAUUCAAUGUUACAAAAAAUGAACAAAUUAAGAGAAGAGAAUAAAUUUUGUGAUGUUACAGUUCUCAUAGAUGAUACUGAGGUACAGGGGCAUAAAAUUGUGUUUGCUGCAGGUUCCCCCUUCUUAAGAGACCAGUUUUUACUGAAUGAUUCCAGAGAGGUGAAAAUCUCCAUAUUACAGAGUUCUGAAGUGGGGAGACAAUUGCUCUUAUCCUGUUAUAGUGGUAUGCUGGAAUUCCCAGAGAUGGAACUGGUAAAUUACUUGACUGCUGCAAGCUUUCUUCAGAUGAGCCACAUUGUAGAGCGGUGCACACAGGCCCUGUGGAAAUUUAUAAAGCCAAAACAACCAAUGGAUAGUAAAGAGGGAUGUGAACCACAGAGUGCUUCUCCCCAGACAAAAGAACAGCAGGGAGAUGCCCGAGGCUCUCCAAAGCAGGACUCACCUUGUAUGCAUCCAUCUGAAGACAGUAUGGAUAUGGAGGACAGUGAUAUUCAGAUUGUUAAGGUAGAAUCUAUUGGGGAUGUAUCAGAGGUUAGAAGUAAAAAAAAUCAGAACCAGUUUAUUUCUUCUGAACCCACUGCUUUGCAUUCAUCAGAGCCCCAGCACUCCCUAAUAAAUUCAACUGUGGAAAACAGAGUAAGUGAAAUAGAACAAAACCAUCUCCACAAUUAUGCCCUCUCUUAUACAGGCAGUGAUAACAUCAUCAUGACCUCGAAAGAUGUCUUUGGGCCUAAUAUUCGAGGUGUAGACAAAGGCUUACAGUGGCAUCACCAAUGCCCAAAAUGUACCAGGGUGUUUCGUCACCUGGAGAACUACGCCAACCAUUUAAAAAUGCACAAACUCUUUAUGUGUCUACUCUGCGGCAAGACUUUUACUCAGAAAGGCAACCUUCAUCGACAUAUGCGUGUACAUGCCGGAAUUAAACCUUUCCAGUGUAAAAUCUGUGGGAAAACCUUUUCUCAGAAGUGUUCCCUACAGGAUCAUCUUAACCUUCACAGUGGAGAUAAGCCCCAUAAAUGUAACUAUUGUGACAUGGUUUUUGCACAUAAGCCAGUUUUGAGGAAACACCUUAAGCAGCUGCAUGGCAAAAACAGCUUUGAUAAUGCCAAUGAGAGAAAUGUACAAGACCUCACAGUGGAUUUUGAUUCUUUUGCAUGUACAACAGUCACAGACUCUAAAGGGUGUCAGCCACAAACUGAUGCCACCCAAGUCCUGGAUGCAGGUAAACUGGCCCAAGCUGUCUUGAACUUAAGGAGUGAUAGUACAUGUGUGAAUUGAGUAGGAGCUUAAUGCUCACACUUAGAACUGACUGAGAAUGUGGCAUUAGUCUGAAGUCUUUAGGAAUUAUUUUGUUAGUUUGCCUUUCCAAAACCUCUUGUGUAGGUGGUAGUGAUUGAGCAAAAGCACUAAUAGACCAGGCAACUUACCACUUGGAGUGGUUUUGCCUUCCUUUUGCCCUCUCCCAUUUUCUUUUUUGAGUUAUUUAUCCUGUGAUGUCUGUUUUCCUUUCUCAAGGAAUAAUUCCAUUUGUCUACCUGAUGUUAAUUUAUAUCUUAGACUGACAAUAUUUUAGGCUCUUUUACCAAGCACAUUUUGAAGGUACCAACAAAUGAAUAGCAUAACCUACUUUUAAUAGAUGCUAUGCCAUGAAAAGUGAAUAAUAUUUUUCUUUGGCAAAAAGCAUGGGUUGAGAUAUAAGGUAAUACUGCUGUUGUUCUAAAUAUGUGAUAGCAUCCACUGGAUGCCUACUGAUUAUUCAUUCAUGUCUGAAAACAUGUGAAUCUGCCUUCUAUCAUUUGUACCUGUCGUGGAAGCUGGAUAUAAACAAGUAUGUAGAUUUGUUCUGUACUUUUCAACA